UUGGACAAUUCGGGGAAUGUGUGACGUGAAAGGAAAUUAUGUCACGCUGCACGAGGCUGCUGAGCCCCUCCUCAUGUAAUCGCACUUGUGUUUGGUAACUAAUAACACUUUAAAUUCACUGUGUACUGUUCAGAUAGGCCACAAGUGUGAGGAAAAAAAGUUGGUUGCAUCUAUAAGCAUGUGCUUCAGAGUAUAGUAAAAAUCCUUCUGUAAAAACAUUACAUUACAGGUUUAUAGUCUUAUAUAGAAAUUAACGAGUAUUUGGCUGAUGUUGAUAUAGAUAUUUUCAUUGUGCCUUUUUUUUUUUUAAAUCUUUUUAUUAUUUUUUUUCUGGAGGAUUCUAUUUACAAGCAAAUUACAUUGAUAUAAAGGCCCUCCCCUUUUUCCUCAAGGUAUUUAAUGGAGUUAUGCUCCAACACAAUGCACCAUUCACACCCCUCUCUUUGCUUACGGUCCAUAUCAUAUUAUGAGUCGACUAUUUGAAAGUCACUAGCAACAACACUGAUGUACACAAAUCAGUAAAGAAUAAACUGUACAGAUAGUAUGUGCUCAUAAAAAGUUAAGCAUUGAUUCACUGAACUGAGUGAGCUAAUAAGAAUACAUAAACAUUGACAUAUGACCCAUUUAUAAGGGCCGCAUUAAUCCAUAACAUGUGAGAUUGCUCUCACAACAUACUUACAUCAUAAAGCACUUAUUAUGUAUGUUCGUAGAGGGUUCACGGCAGUUUCUAAAAAAAAUCGGCACAAUUUCGUUUCCAAUUAAUCUAAGAGGGGUAUAGGAUGUACUGUGAGAAAAUGGAGUAUCUAAAAAUAGUUCUGUGAAAUCCAAGCUUGUAUUGUGUACAGAAAACCCUCUGUUUUUUCUUUUUUUUUUUACACAAUUCCCACCUCUUUUUCCGACUUAAACACACAUGCAAAAAAACAAGUGGUUACGGAUUGGGGAUUACCAAUUGCGGACCUGUCUUAAGGGAUAAACCUCAGGGAUAAAGCCUCUCUCUGACCAGUCUCUGUGAGUUAAAGCAGAGGAAUAACCAGAAAGGGAAAGGGAACAGAGCAGCAACUUCUGGAGAUCAUUCCCUUUAUAAAAGAGGAAAAGGUAAGAUGAUAUUUAUUUAUUUACUUACCUACUUUUACACCACUGGAUUAGAAUAAAGCGACUCCCUCUUUUUGUCGUGCUUCAGGUCCUAACUCUCUGAUUUACCUCUGUUAUAACUGUCAACAUUUGUACCCUGACGACGGCACAGCGUCAUUUCAUUCACAAAGUAUUUAGCGUAAAUAUGUGUAAAAUUAAAGUUGAUUUGUUGUUGAAAUUAAACUGACUUGAGCUGUUCUGGUAUAGCCUGCAGGAUUGUGCCCUGAAACUAAAUUGAAAUAUCGUGACCUGAGUUGUAGUUUUGCAGGAUCGUUUAUUUUUAAUUAAUGAUCUCAGCAGCAAAAGUAAGGGUACUGCAUCUGAUUGAAGUCCGCAGGCAAUUUAAUAUCAUGGAUGUUAUUAUCCUUUGUAUCUUUCUCUUUUGUUUUGUCACUAAUAAGCCGCAAAACUAAUUGGUUUUCAGCAAUGAGCAGCUUAAGCAGCUCCGUCAUGGGCAUUCAAUUUAUGCACAAUGCACCCCUCCCUCUCUCUCUUCAAGGGUCAGAUGCCUUUCUUUCUUCCAUAAGAGUAUUAUCCAAAGAUUUCUCAUGUGCCCACAGCAGUCCUGUAAUACAGGAACCUUUAUUCCAGGUCCUUGAUGAACAAACUCAUUGUAUCCCGUCAAUUUUAAAGCACUCCAAUAAUCCCAGUCAAUGCCUCGAUGAAAACUCCAAUAUUUUAACACCUAGAAGGGAUCAAAUCGAAGUUCUUGGAAAAAUAUGUUUUCACUUUUUCUUCCAUUCCAGAUUUUGCAGUUUCUCUUGUGUAAAUAAUUAUCAGUCUUUGCACGUUUUCUUUCUCCAGAAGGUCCUCCAAGUGAUCCAAACCAAACUCAAGCAGCAUGGAUAUGAAGGUUGUCUACGAAGUUUUAGAGUAAGAAACUAUAACUGCCAGAAAAUAUAUUUAGGCAAUAAUUUGGCAGCUGUAUCCUGACCUUUUAAACCUCAAAAAUCACUAAUAAAAUGUAUUUUUUCUUUGUCAAAAGGGGAGAAAAUGCCUGGAUGUACAUCACAGGUACCUUCGUGGUGUUGUGGAUUCUUGUGUGGCUGUACAGAGACAGCAUAGAGAUCGAGAACAUCUCCGAAAAGUACGUCUUUGUGACCGGCUGUGACUCAGGAUUCGGAAACCUGCUGUGUAGGAAGCUGGACCGUAAAGGUUUCAAAGUUCUGGCUGGAUGCCUCACAGAAAAGGGAGCGGAUGACCUAAAGAGGGUGGCGGGGCCGAACUUGAAGACCGUCCUGCUGGAUGUGACCAGUCAGGACAGCAUCCAGAAAGCCAUGGAGUGGACCAAGGCGGAAGUUGGCGAAAAGGGUAAAAGAUGAAUUUCUGUGAUACUUCAGUGUGUCAGGGUGUACCACAAGGCACCGCACUGGGCCCGUUAUUGUUUUGUAUCUCUGCCAAUGAAACUCACAAAUCUGCUCUAAUUGCCAAAUUCAACUCUAUGCAGAUUAUGUCAUUAUUUGCACCUCUUUGUCUAAUAUUUCACAAAUUUAGGCGGGUUUUCCUACAACAAACUGAUACUCAAUAAAAAGGAUUCAUACAGGGCUGUUUGGCACUAGAUUUAAGGUUUCCCUCUCAAGAAAAAUGGUUGUUGAAUUAUCUUGAUGGAACCCUACUUGAGGAGAUAAUCAAAAUGUGAUAUUUAGGUGUUGGGGUGGACUCUCAACUUUCCUUCAAACCCCAUCUUGAGUGAAUUGAAAAAUAAUUAAAGCUCUGGUGAGGAACUUUCACUUUGCACCUGGUGGACAAAGCAGUCUUUGCUUUUCUUGCUUAUCUCACCCCCUUGACUUCCAACAGUCAAACGUAUGUAUUUAUUGUAGAUAUUUCAUGUGUUUCUUUAGCUGCUUGGCUGACACCUACCCCCUCUCACCAGUUUCAGGCAUUAAAAAAUAGGACACAAUAAUUCAAUCAAUCUUGUUAGCCAUGCUCUCUUUUUAUUUUGAAUAUCAUGAAAAGGAAAAAAUAUGAAUUUCACUACAAAUUUUAAAAAAUCCCCACAGGAGCUUUAAUGGCAUUAUAUAUAUAUAUAUACGGACUGUUUCACCCUAUGGAUCAAAAAAAGGUUUGCUUCUCAGCUGGUCUCACCGAUAUCAUAUUAAGCAGACGUCAUCUUUGACAUACACAUAUUAUUCUUCUGAAUCUAUAAAAACUGGACAAUCUGCUUUUCAGUUUAAAGCCCUGACAGACUAGAACAAGAAUUCACCCAGAUCCCGUUUUAUGUAUAUUUAUAUAUUAAUACCCCUUAAAAUAAGAUGAUUAAUCUGAAAUAGAUGUUAAAUUUAGUCUCUUACUCAACAAGAAAAAACCUUCAUCCAAAAAUAAAUUCUCAUUUUCUUUGUUGCUGUUUGGUCUUUUGUAGGACUUUGGGGAGUUGUGAACAAUGCCGGACGCUCGUUGCCCAUGGGUCCUUCAGAGUGGAUGAAGGUGGAGGAUUUCCACAGCACACUGAAAGUCAACAUGAACGGAGUGAUCGCCAUGACCAUGAUCUUCCUGCCUCUCAUCAAAAAGGCCCGUGGUCGUAUCGUGAAUGUGGCGUCAGUGCUGGGAAGGGUGGCUGCAAACGGGGGCGGAUACUGCAUCUCCAAAUUUGCCGUGGAGUGUUUCUCUGACUGCCUCAGGUAAGUCUUACACAGCUUCAUCAAUAUUACACGUCAUAAUGAUAGUAGACUUUAAUUAUAGAGAACAACUUCCAACAAACACAGUCUCUUCUUUUUAAAGCCCUGUGGUCUUUUUAUGAGGACAAAAAUUUGUUCAAAAUGUAACUGAGGUGUGGAAGAAAUAGUUGCACAUGUUCAGACAAGAAAACAUUCAAUCCAGCAAAUUGUAGUUUUUAACGCCGCACAGUCUCAGGAUGUUCCUAACGUGAUAAGACAGGGAAGAUUAUUACACAUUCACACUGCACCCAGUGAUUUAAUGUGGCUAUACUUAUCCAAAACAACACACUAUCCAUUUUUAUUCACUCUAUAUACUAUUGUUUUUUUUAUGGCUCUCAACUGCUUAACCAGUUUGUGAUCAGAUUGUUUCAAAUAUGUUUGUAUUUGAUGUAAAAACAUUUUCAUCUCUGUUUCCAGGAGAGACAUACACUACUUCGGAGUCGACGUGUGCAUCAUAGAGCCAGGGUUUUUCAAGACCCAAGUGACAAGCCUGGAUCCCCUCGAGAGGGAGCUGAACCGCCUUUGGAAUCAGCUCAGCCCUGAAGUACAAGCCAGCUAUGGAGACAAGUACCUGGAUAAGUGUAAGUAAAAGGCUGCUGCUCUACAACAGGAAUCAUAAUGUGAACAAAGACGAUGAAAUGCUUCACUGGGACUCUAAAUGUUGAAUUAGAAAUGAGGUUUUAGAUUAUGUUUACAAUGAGAGCAAAUAAAAAGGACCACACAUGUUCAUAUAGAGGACAUAUUAGUACUAUUGAUACUGAUACUUCGUAUUUUCCUCCAUAAUUCUCCUACCUUUCAAGGCAACACAUUAAAAACACUGUCAUACAAAACUAAAAUCAAUCUUGAGAACAUAAACAUUAGAAAAUUCACAUUAUUCAGGUUGCAGCACUCUGCCAAAUGAUUCCACUGACUAUAAAAAGUCCAUAUUUUUUGUUUACUACAUGAUAUGUGAGGGGUAUAAAAUAAAAUUAAGACAGAUUAUGUUUUAAUGUUUAUUUCAUCUUUUCAAUUAUCCCUAUUUCAGACAUCAAGAUGCAGCGUUUAAUCAUGAACGCUGUCUGCGACUCCGACCUCAGCAAGGUUACCAACUGCAUGGAGCACGCUCUGACCUCUGCUCACCCACGCACUAGAUACAGCGCCGGCUGGGACGCCAAGCUGCUCUGGAUCCCCCUUUCUUACAUGCCCUCUUUUGUGGUCGAUAUCGGGCUGAAGCUGGUGCUCCCUCGUCCUCUAAAGAGCGUGUAACUCUCUGUCACUUUGAUCAAACGUCUUUAAAGAUGUCAGCCUUUUUAUGUCAGAGUGAUGCAGUAUGAAAGGUUGGCUUAAAGGAAUUCAUUUUUGUCUUUGACCAUAUUCCUUAUUUACAUUGGCCAUGAUCAGACAAUGCAUUCAUUAUUGUAUUUUUAUAUGUGCAGAAUCUGCCAUGUGAAAGUAAUUGUUUUCUGUCUUAUGUCUGCUUAAAAUAUGAAAGAGUUGAUGAAAAUGUAUUGCAUAAUUUACUGUUUAUUUUUGUUUAUUUACGCUCCGCUGUGCCUUUUGAUGCUGUUGUUUCAGUUCCUCUUUACGGAUGCUGCAAACAGAGGCUGAAUAAACAGGAUUUUACUAACAAGAAAAAUAGCUUUUGUGAGAAUAUUAUAAUCAGCUUGUAUACUGAAAAAAUAUAUAUAUAUCUCACAGUUCCUCCAUGACAAAAAAACUGCAGUCUGGGUUUCACAAAUGUGUGAAAAUAUUUUGGUGGUAUCUAAAUGGCCUUGUUGUACAUUAACAAACAGAAUGAAUGGGAGUCUCUACAAUUAUUAUUAUUAUUAUUACUUUUUAGUUGGGAAAGGUUUCUUUGCAUCUUGAAAAUCAGGAAAAUUUCCAACCAGAACACAAUGUACUAAAGGUAUACACUGCGAUCCCUGUUAUGCAUUCUUCACUCAAUGUAAACACUAUAUAAGGACACUAUAAGUACAUUUAUGGUAUCAGUUGGGGAAGUUAUCACUGAAGAUAUUGUCAAAAUGUUCUGAACACUCUGAGCUGCUGGUAAUAAACUGAAUGGCUUAUUGCCUCAUUAGUGUUACACAACAGAUCAAAGGCUUCCUCAUGAGUCUGAACAUAUUGUGUAAUUUAUUUCAUGAUAUUAAGACCUUCUAAUUACUCCAGUGGUUGUAUUAAUAACUCCUUUAACAAAAGGUUAUAUAUCCAG